AUGCUCAAAUACUUGGAGGAGGUUUCCAGGCAGCCCAAGGCAAAUAACAUUGUCAACUACCUUACCGGUGGUAAGAGUUGCAGUAGUCAGACUCAAGUUCUCCAGGAAUUCUCGGACCCUGGCAACUCACUUGGCUAUGCUGACAAAUGGAUCUCAGAUGAGGUCAUUACUGAAGUCUUCAUCAAUUUCACUGUCCAUACAAGGCAAAAGGAGAGCGAGUUAUACCUGAAGACGCUAUCAGAUCGUGUCAUGGCGCUUCUGCCAGACUCGCACAAAUGCCAGAUAACCGAACUUCUCCAAGGUCUCAAGCGCCAUCAUGAGCUUCUUGAUGUUCCCCAGCCCAAGAUGAUGGUGGCAGACAAUGGCUGCCAGGUUCGGAAUGCUGCAGACAAAAGUGUCUGGUCUGCAGCUGCACAGAAGGUUCACCAAGAACAAUUGAAGCAUGUUCGCAAUGGCUGUCUUGAGCGCAACAUCAAAGGCUGGAAUUCACUCCAGCAUGCACAGCCAAGUGGCAUCAUAAUGCUCAGUGCUCUUGGCCACAACUUCGUCCUCCGUCAUAAUGUGAGAGUCGCAUUCAGCAGGUCUCAUAUGACACCAUUCGUCAAGUUCACCCAUGGUUCUCACCACCUCCAACUCUGUGACCACAUUGCAAAGCUUCACAACAUGCUGCAACAACAGAAUCCCAGCUGCGAGUCACUUGUCCUUCCUGAGCUAGAUGUUGUGGAAUCAGGUGAAACUUUCGGGCUGGUCGUGUCCAACCAUAUCGCGACAUUUGGGGGACUUUUAGUUAAGGAGGAGGAUAUUGAGGAUGGGCCGUUCAACACUUUCGAUUCCGCUACUGAUCCUCUCACAGGUGAAGAGGUGGACUUAGCUCUAUGGGCCAGUCGCAAUAUUUUCAUCAAUGAGUGGCAAAUCGACCCUGCACUUCUUGAACUCCCUGCUGGAGCUUCCAAAUCUUUGAGUUCAAGAGUAAAAGUCACACCACCAUCUCCAAUGAAACAAAAGGUCAUUUUGGACUCUGAUGAUGACCAGGGUGACGGCAACAGCACCGCAAAAAAACUACAGCUGAUUUGUCAGGACAAUGUUCUCCAGCCGGCGUUUCUCAGCAAUGUUCCCAGCACAGUGUCAAGUGCUGGGAAAUUGGAUGGGUACUUUCCUCAGUGUGAGCUGCCAGGUAUGACUAUCCCCCCUUCCACCAGCUCCAUCAGCACUGGCAUCAACAAUUCGGUCACCAGCGCUGGCAUCAACAAUUCAGUCACCAGCGCUGGCAUCAACAAUUCAGUCAUCCUGAGUGCAGGCCAGACCCCCUCUCAGCGCCUUUUCUCCAUUGCCACCGGUAUCAAUCCUCGCUCUUUGGCCAUGCAAGACUCGGACGAGUUUUACUUGUUCAUGGACAUGCGAGCCGAGUUCAAAUGGCUCUCGUACCAAAUGACGUUGAAGCGCUGGGUCUUGGCUACAGAGGAAUAUAACCUUUGUCUGGUGAAGAAAAAGGGUGAGUCAGUUGUCAGAAAGAAUCCGCAAGCUCUCCUCCGUGCACUGGGCAACAUCGAGCCGAAGUUGAUGAACAAGAUCAUCAAGGAUGACUAUACUUUGAAAAAAAACAACAAGUCUUUUUGGCGCCGGCAUUGCUCUGUCGUGCCACUCAUGAAAAAAGAGCCAGGAAAAAAGCCUCGAAAGCCACAGACUUGCUCCCGCUGCCAGACCAUCAUGUACCCUGGUGCUGAAAACUCUCCCCUUAACCACAAGAAGGGUUAUUGUGCUGAUGGCGUCAAGCAAGUGUCAAAAGAUGGUGGAGACGAGCUCCCUGCUUGGCCUCAUCCACAAGGAAUCUUCUCCGAGGGCCGUAUUUUCCACCCCCACCCCUUCCUGUCAGCCGUUCAACGCAUCUAUGAGCAUGUGUUCAUGCAGGGGCUGGGAGACAUGGACAUGCUUGAGACUGAAGCCUUCUCCAAGUUGCUUGUCUCACGCACAGAGGUUCAUGACGAUGGCACGGCCCUUUUCUGA